GUUUGUAUAGCUUCGCGACGAGCAGCCCUCAUCAUCUAUAAGACAUUUUUGAUAGUUUGCCGGAAUGCGAUAUGUCAGAGCUGAGUUAUCAAGCCAUUCGGACUGCUAAUCAGGCUAGAGAAGCAGAUGAAGUAAAAACUGAUACAAGGAAGAAGAAUCUGCUCAUCCUUGUCCUGCAUUACCUGUCUGAAGAAGGAUAUUUGGAGUCUGCCCAGUCACUAGGGAAGGAAACAAACAUUGAUCUGAGCCGAUAUGAAGUGUGUGACAAUAUUGAUCUGGAGACUAUACUUAUGGAGUAUGAGUCCUACUACUUUGUCAAGUUUGCCAGAUAUCCCAAGGUGACAAAAAAGCUCACCCAAAGUGGCUACCAAGCUGGAGAAAGAAGAGGAAAGCUUAAUCGUGCAAACAGUGUGAAAUCCACAACCCCAUCUUUACCAAAGAUCCCUCAGGGACAGCGUCAACCCAGCCCACCCCAAGCAUCAGGCUCCAACCGUCCUCAGUCAGCCAAGACCAGGAGGACUGUGUCUGGUACACGGAAACCACCAUCAGCUGCAAUAGCACAAAAUGGCCAUCCACACAGUAAUGGGGCAUGUGCUAAUGGAGACAUAGCAGGGUUGGCCUUACAAGGGCUCACAGUGACAGGCAUGACUUCCCAUGACAAUACACCAGUUGAGAGUCCGCAUAAGGCAUUUCAGAGAGGGAAGGGAGGACAAAUCAUUGAUAUUCGAUCUAUGAUAAAUGAUGCUACAAAGCUCAAUGUUGAAGAGGGGAUUGAUUCAAAUGACCGGCUGAUGAAGCCUCUGGGAGGCUAUGUAGGGUACAGCAGUGAGAUGAGAGAACUAGCACAGGUUAUAAGCAGGGACAUAUACCUGCAGAAUCCCAAUGUUAAGUGGGAUGACAUUAUAGGUUUAGAUGAGGCAAAGCGACUUGUUAAAGAAGCCGUUGUUUAUCCCAUCAGGUAUCCCCAGUUAUUCCGAGGAAUUCUGUCUCCGUGGAAGGGACUACUGCUGUAUGGGCCUCCAGGAACAGGCAAGACUCUGCUGGCCAAGGCUGUAGCUACAGAAUGCAACACAACCUUCUUUAACAUAUCUGCCUCUAGCAUAGUCAGCAAGUGGAGAGGAGACUCAGAAAAGCUAGUCAAGGUGUUGUUUGAGCUGGCCAGGUUCCAUGCACCAUCAACAAUAUUCCUGGAUGAACUGGAGUCACUCAUGAGUCAGCGGGGAUCACAGGGCGGGGGAAGUGAGCAUGAGGGCAGCAGAAGGAUGAAGACAGAGCUACUUGUGCAGAUGGAUGGACUGGCCAAGACAGAUGAUCUUGUCUUUCUUCUGGCUGCAUCCAACUUACCAUGGGAGUUGGAUCAUGCCAUGUUGCGGAGGUUGGAGAAGCGGAUCAUAGUGGACCUACCCACAACAGAAGCCAGGAGAGCCAUGUUCAAGCAUCAUCUCCCACCUGUAGUUGUACCCAAGGAUAGUUCAGGAGUGGAGAUAUUGUCGGAUCUAGACUAUGAUCAAUUAGCAAACAUGACUGAAGGAUAUUCGGGGUCAGAUAUCAAGCUGCUGUGUAAAGAGGCAGCUAUGAGGCCUGUCAGGAAGAUAUUUGCAGCUCUCGACAACCACACAGAAGGCCAGGAGCUACAUGUCCAUAUCGACAAGAUCCUGACCAGGGACGUCCUGACUGCACUAGAACGCACCAAGCCCUCCGCUAAACAUCUCAAGGGGAAGUUCCUUUCAUGGCAGAAGGAAUUUGAAUCUGUAUGAUGAAGUGGAUCGUAGUACUUGCUCCCUCUAGGCUAUCCAACUGUGAUAUGACAUGGACAACAUAACAUGUUCAGUACAUUUUUGUGUAACAAAGACUAUUUGUGUGUGGUUGAGCUGGCUAGUCAUACAUGGAGCGCCACAUCUGUGAUGUCCAUCAAACAAUGGUCGGACUUUAACACCAAGAUAUCUGCUGCCUCACACCACACCAAGUGAUUCCACUGAAUAGACUGUUUGCAAAUGGUGCAUGAUUGAGAACCCUAAGAGCAGGCGAUUUAUGUAUUAUAUUCCCACCUGUGAAGGAAUACAGAGUUUAAUCAAACUAUGAGUGAAACCCUUUUAGAACCAAUUGUAUCUGUCCUAGUAAUAUUGUUAGGCUCAACAAACAUUCCGAUGAUUGAAUCAUGGUUGAAGAUGUGAGGAGGGAAGGUUUUCCAGAACAUGGUCCAGACAAACAGGGUCUCACUGUAGUUUCCUGAGUUUAAGAAAGAAUAUGUCCUUGAUACGAAAUAACCCGUCCUGAACAUGUCCGUCCUGAAAUGCAAAAUACAUUUCUAAUUUCCUAUUGUGUUACUCCUGAAGAAAUGUGUGUAUACCGUCCAACUUAUAGCACAGUGUUACAAAGUUCCUUGAGGAAUGAUCAUGUUCACUAAAUCAUUUGUAAAUCUCAGCAUGUGGAACUUUUGUCAUAUAUUUUCAUAGUUCAUGUUAUUGUGUGACUCUUGAGGAUGAAACCAUUAUGUUUACAAAUAAACUCUUCACAAGUUGUCUGUCUGAUAGUGACAUGGUGAGACAUAAGCCUUCAGAAUCUUUUGUUUGGAGGACUGAAACCUGUAUGUUCUCUGAAAGAGGAGGUCAUAGGGAUUGUUACAGCAAGCAGUCAUAACAUGGUUGAUUUUUGCAAGUGGAAUUUUAUCAUUAUCCCAAACAGGAUUUUCUCAGUAACCUUUAUAGAUAGGAAAACCAAAUGGUAUGUGUUUUCAGGACAUGAAUAUCAUGGUGGAGUUAAAAAACAGGAACCGUGUUACAACUUUUAACGGGGCAUGACCCUGUGAUCUUCUCUUUGCUGACAUACCAGUAAUCCUGUCAGUAGUCAUUAUGUAUCGCUAUUUGUAGGAAGAAUGAAUAGUCGUCAAAAUAGGAACAGAACACUGUGGUAGGGGAUACUGAUGACCAUGUCUUCUUCUUGUUUCUGUUAUUGCAAGAUUUACAAAAGGAGAGACCACACAUGCCCUGCAGAUGUGCUUCAAUUUGGAUCAUAUGGUCAGGGUCAUCUAGCAUUUCUUAACGUGAGGUUGUAUUAUAGCUGCUGGUAUACAAUGUCUAACCUGACAAAUAUGAUGUACACCUCAUGUUUCUAUUACAAAAGGAAAGCAUGUUGUCUUAUUUAAAGUCUGACGUUUAGCUUUGAAAUAUGUAUAAAUUUAAAAAUUUAAGCAUUUACAUUGGUUGAAGGGAUUGUGUGCAAGCAUAAGCCAAAUGUGAUAUUUUGUGUGGUAUGUUGCUGUGCUCAAUAUCAUCGACUGAACCCUGCAGUUGGUGCCGACAUUACAAUAUGUGCAAGGUGGUGGACAGUGUUGUUCCAGUUGUGUUUAUGCUUAAAAGAUAAACUGUUUAUGUUGGAAUUUGUUUUACAAAGACAAUUGUGUGUGUUCCCCUCUUUCUUUGGUUGGUAAGUACAGAGUCCGACCUGGUACAGCAGCGUUUUCAUGAUGCAGCCAUUCCAGUUGAAACAGAAGCUCUUAUUUCACAGUUAAUGCAGUGUCCAUAGCUACGGUAGGAUGAGACUGUUUCACAGUGUUUGCAACUAAGUAUGGAAGACAGCUUACUGAAAACAAAACAUUUUUAAUCUAAAGCAUACUUAAAAUACAGGAUAUAUUAAAAAUUGUUGAUUUUGAAGCUACUAGUUUCAUCAAAGUAUGAAAACUGAAAAUCUAUUAAUUUUGGUUUGAAGGAGUUUCGUUUCAUUCUGAAAAGGUCUGCUGGCAUAACAGAUGUAGAGUAUUUGUUCAUGUGUCAGCUAUUAUGUUGCCACUCUCUUUGAGACAAAGUUUCUGGUUACUGUGUGGAGGUUGUCAGCUCACUGUGUCCUUCAUAAUUUUACAUGUGAAACAUUCCAUUGUUACAUACAUCUGUUUACAUUUACAGGACUUCAUUUCAGUAAAUCAUUUUGACACAGAAA